GAAAUCAGUUGUGAAGUCUAGAAGACAGUUCUAAACUUCUUGAGGUUGUCAUGUGCGACUUGUGCGUGUCAGUACUACUCUUACUUGGAGUGGUGUCUGGGCUUUGUAGUACUGAUCAGUCAUGUCCAGAAGUGAAAGUUUUAGGAAUUGGAGACUCUGAGAAACUGUCAAUUCUUCGAGGCUGUCCUGGUCAUCCUGGUCUUCCCGGUCAAAAAGGAGAUGUUGGGCAACCAGGAGAAAAAGGACAACUGGGGUCUGUGGGGGGCACAGGAAAGACUGGACCUCCAGGUGAAAAAGGAGAAAAAGGAGAAGGAGGCACGACUGAGCCAGUCUAUGCUGCCAGGAACUGCAAAGAAAUGCGACAUCAGGGGGCAGUCCUUAGUGACUGGUACACCAUAUACCCAGAUGGCAGCCGGCCCCUGAAGGUCCUGUGUGAUAUGGAUACGGAUGAAGGAGGAUGGAUCGUAAUACAGAGACGUUGGGAUGGGUCAGUAGACUUCUUCCGCACUUGGGAUGCUUAUAAGAAAGGCUUUGGCAGUCGGCUAAAUGAAUUUUGGCUGGGGAAUGACAAUAUUCAUCAAAUAACUUCAACAGAAACAUGGGAACUACGUGUUGAUCUACAAGAUUUUGAAGGUAAAAUGGUGUUUGCCAAGUAUGCACGCUUCAAAGUAUUGGAUGAAUCUGAGAAAUACAAAGUAUUAAUUGGAGCCUAUCAGGAUGGAACUGCAGGAGAUUCUAUGGGAGGUUUAAACAACAUGAAGUUUAGUACUAAAGAUGAAGACAACGACGUUUCUGAGAGCCAUUGUUCCCUACUGUAUAAAGGCGGCUGGUGGUAUGGCAAUUGUCACCGGGCAAACCUUAAUGGACUCUACCACCUAGGAGAGCACACAUCAAUUGCAGAUGGCAUCAACUGGUAUACUGCCAGAGGGCAUAAAUACUCGUACAAGCAUGUAGAAAUGAAGAUUAGGCCUGUUUAGAGAAAGAUUGAGCAAUAAUUGUCUUAAAUUAAUGCCAAAACACACGGUGUGGGUGCCCCGAACAGCCUGGUGACUGAAGAGUUCGGUUUGGCUGGAGUAGGUUCAGUGUAUUGUCUACCUGAUCAUAGUUGUAGCUAGGCUUUUCCAGCACACAGCGCAAAUCUCCCACCAGCUUCCCUUCCUCAUAGCUAGUCCUUGUAAAUAGCUCCCUGUAGCUUUGGUUCUAGGUAGGACUGGGAAAGUGUAAGCAUGCUCGGGCCAUGACGAAAAGCAUUGCCUUUGCAGACACCACAUGCCACCAUUUCUACUUACAUCAAUAAAUGUAUAUAAUUUCAUUGAAGGUUUCAUUUAACAAUGUACAUGUAUUUCAUUGAAUUUUUCAUUUCAUUCCGCUGUUUGAAAAAAAGUUUCUCUGCCUUAUUUAUGAAAAAUAACUCUCUGUUGCCAAAACAACCAUAACGGUGCGACUUUUAAUUUUCAAGAGCACUAUGAGAAAUUAAAGCAGCUCUGUGAUUGGUUGCUUUCGGCAAGAAAUUAUAUAUAUAUAUGGCUUUCGUGUGAAAUUUAUGGAAAACGUAAAAAGUUCAGGCUACAGUGAUAUUAUAUCAGGAAAGUAGGGGAUUUAAGUAGAAGCAAGCAAUGGUGAUUACCUCAUCUCAAACAAUUUAUUGAAACAAAAGCCACCACCAGUGCUGGGUAUACCCCCACAAAAAAUGUCACUGCCUCAAUAAUGUGUCAUGUGGCUUUCAGCAUCAAUUACAGCUUGACAACAAUGUCUCCUGCUGUUCACAAGUCUACUUAUUGUCUGCUGAGGCAUGGCAUCCUAUUCUUCUUGAAGGGCGGCCCUCAGGUCAUUGAGGUUCUGGGGUACAGA